AUGGCGUCUGUCGCAUUCUGCCGCUCGACAAGGGCUGGCAUUCCUCAAUGGGGUUCCCAGGUUUUCCGGCCUGUCCUCCUCACCCGCCGAAACCUCUCAUCCUACCUCGUCUCCCCGAAAGAGCUUCACGAAGCCCUCAAGAAGAACCCUCCGUCGCCGAUCAGCCCCGAUCCUCGAGUCAUCCCUCUCUGCGCAUCAUGGUUUCUUCCCAACGAUGACCGAUCCGGUAUCCAAACAUUCCGCGAACAGAGAAUUCCCAAAGCUCGCUUCUUCGACCUCGACAAGGUCAUUGACAAGCGCAACCCAUAUCCUCACAUGCUUCCUAACGCCAAAGGUUUCGCUGCCGCCAUGAGCGAACUUGGUAUCCGAAAAGAAGACACAGUGGUUGUAUACGACACUAAGGAGCUUGGUAUUUUCAGUGCUCCUCGUGUGGGUUGGACAUUGCAGGUUUUUGGUCACAAGAAGGUUCACGUGUUAAACAACUUCAAGCUGUGGGUGGAAGAAGGCCUACCCACCGAGACAGGAGAACUUUACACCGUUGAGUGUGGCCCAUAUCAGAUCCCCCAGAUGGAGGAGAACCGUGUUGCAAGUUUUGAAGACGUCAAGGAAGUUGUACAUGAUCACAACAAGGAGGGCGCUGAGGGUGUGCAGAUUAUUGAUGCUCGAUCUCAAGGGCGUUUCACUGGCGAAGAUCCUGAGCCCCGUGAAGGCCUCUCCUCAGGACACAUGCCUGGAUCUAUCAACAUCCCCAUCAGUGCCGUUCUUGACCCUCAGACCAAGGCUUUCCUCCCUAAGGAUCAACUGAAAAAGGUGUUUGCGGAGAAGGGCAUUGACUCCGCGCGCCCCAUUAUCUCAAGUUGCGGUACUGGUGUGACUGCCUGUGUCAUCGACGCUGCUCUUGAGGAGGCCGGUGUUGGAUCUCCCGAGACAAGGAAGGUCUACGACGGUAGCUGGACCGAGUGGGCUCAGCGAGUGAAGCCUUCAGAGAACUUGAUUAUCAAGACAACGAAGGAGUAA